CAAACAUUUAUAGAAGAAAAUAAAUCCACAGGAAGUUCAGUUUACACUUCUUUAAUGUUUGUUUCGGAUGUCUGGAGUCAAAUAGUAUUUUAAAUAAAAUGAUCCCGUACAUCAUUUUAUUAUAACUUUAAUCGUUAUGUCUCGUAUUUAAUGUGUUUUGAUGUUUGAAGUUCGUGAACCAUUCAGGAAGUGACUAGGAAGUCAGCACUGCAGUUUUUAGAGAAGGUAAACAACACUUAUAAUUAGGAAAGUGUUUUAGUCAUUCCUGAAGCAAAUAUUUGGGUGUCAUGCAUAGAAGAGGAGUCGGAGCUGGCGCGAUCGCCAAAAAGAAACUUGCAGAGGCAAAGUACAAAGAGAGAGGUACUGUCCUGGCUGAGGAUCAGAUUGCACAAAUGUCAAAACAGCUGGAAACCUUCAAGACCCAUUUAGAGGAGUUUGCCAGCAAACAUAAACAGGAAAUCCGUAAAAGCUCUCAGUUCAGGGUGCAGUUCCAAGAGAUGUGCGCCACCAUAGGGGUCGACCCACUUGCCUCUGGAAAGGGAUUUUGGUCUGAGAUGCUUGGAGUAGGAGAUUUCUACUAUGAGCUUGGUGUGCAAAUUAUUGAAGUCUGUUUAGCUCUAAAACACAGAAAUGGUGGACUCAUCACAUUGGAUGAACUUCAUCAACGUGUCUUAAAAGGAAGAGAGAAGUUUGCACAAGACGUGAGCCAAGAUGACUUAGUACGGGCUAUCAAGAAGCUCAAGGCUAUGGGAAACGGCUUUGGUAUGAUUCCUGUCGGAGGCUCUUAUUUAGUCCAGUCAGUACCAGCAGAGCUCAAUAUGGAUCACACUGUAGUUCUCCAGCUAGCAGAGAAAAAGGGAUACGUGACCGUGAGUGAGAUCAGAGACAGUCUCAAGUGGGAGAGAGAAAGAGCGUGUCAUGUGCUUGAUCACCUGCUGAAAGAAGGCUUAGCAUGGCUGGAUUCCCAAGCUGCGGGAGAGCCACAAUACUGGCUGCCUGCUUUGUUCUCAGAGCUUGUAUCGCAAGACGUUACACCUGAAGAAGCCAACCAGAUGACACCUUGAACACAAG